UUUGAUCUUUUACUGCAAUACAAUGUCACAAACUUAACUAAGAUGCCUCAAAAUGAGGCUUUCAACAACAAUUAAGUUAAAAAUCAUUUCAAUUAAAAUACAUUAAUCAGACUAAUUAUUUACAGGUUAUGAUUAAUCGCACGGCAGCACUAAUAUUUAUUGUAAUGUGGGUUUGCCGUCCCGCUGUGGAGAGGCGGGAAGAGAAGGUUUUCUAUUGAUCCAUUCUGAGAAAUUGUUGUUUGCCCUUUUGUACCUGAACGCACCAUGACGCAACUGCUUUCCUGGAUUCUGAUUGGAUCAAUCGACGCUCGACAGAAAAAAAAACAGAUACGCCAUAUUGACAUUAUAAAGAGACCACAAAAUGUAUUUUAAAAAUAUAUUUUACAAUUGACGGCGUCCACGGCCGACACUGAGAGAUGGCGUACUCUGGAGCAGUGGAAAACGCACCUAUGGAGGAUCGUUCCGCUUCUCAGAGCUCCAGUAAUUGCCUUCGAAGUCGACCAUGCUCCAGCGAAAGGGACGCCCGGGUUCGGGUCGUCAAAGCAACACUUCAGUCCAAACUGGGGCCCUACGAGCCCGUCCUGACCUACCUGCAGUCUAUCCUGGUGUGGGAGAGACCAUUUCACAGCGUCCUUUUCUUUAUUGCUGUAAACAUUGCGUUCUGGUUUUUUGCCUUUACAUCCAUGCGUCUGCUGUUCCUCCUGGCCUCUUCGCUUGCUCUCCUUGUGUUUCUGGAUACCUGGAGGAAUAAAAUCUGGCCGCGGAUUCGAGUCAGAAAACUGGAUGAAUCAGAAAAUGAAAGCUGGGGCCUGGUGCAGCCCGGCAUCCUCAGCGUACCAGAACUGUGCCAUCACCUUGCAGAGGCCUGGGUCAGCGCAUCCGUUCUCAUGAGCUUCAUGGUUCAAUUCAAACAACGAAACCCUGGCAAUUUCUGCGCUCUGACCUGUGGGCUGUUCACCUGUUUGGCGGCGGUUGGCUGUUACAUUUCUGGAUUGGUGCUGUCCUACUCUGCAUUGCUGGCCACCCUCCUGGCUCCUCUGGCAGCGCACCACCGAGUCUUUCAGCAUGUGUGCAUCAAGCUGGAGCCGGUCCUGCAGCGGCUGGAUUUCAGCAUCCAUGGAUACAUGAUGUCGAAGCCCAUCGAUAAUCAAUUCCUACGAAGACCCAUUCGUGGUGCUGGCUCAGGUGAAGCCAGCGACAGCGAGGAAGAGUUAGCCGCUUUCUGCCCAACAUUUGAUGAUGAAAUCAUUGCGAAGGAGCUCGCUCUGACCGACUCCGAGCACUCGGAUGCGGAGGUGUCCUACACCGACAACGGGACGUUUAACCUGUCUCGUGGUCAGACUCCGCUCACAGAGGGUUCUGAGGAUCUCGACAGACACAGCGAUGCGGAGGAAUCCUUCGCUCAGGAUCUUCCCGAUUUUCCAUCCAUAAACCCGGACGCCACGCUGAUGGACGACGAUGACGACACUAGCAUCGGGUUACCUAGUCUGGGCCCGUCUGGACUCAUCAGCCACAGAGCUUCAGUGCUGGACGUGGACUCUCAUCUGGACUCUGACCAGGAAGAUCUGGACAGUGAACUGUCUCUAAGCAGCCUGCCGCCCGCCUCAAGUCUGACCGGAGAUCUGGCGGGGGUCAUCGCGAGCAACAUGAUCCAGGCCGCACUGAGCGGUGCGAUGCAGCCUCGCCCUCACGUCACCCACCGCCGACAAGGCCCGCCCAGGGCUGGAGCCCACCGCAGCUACCGCAAGCAGUCCAGCUCCGAGCUCGACACAGACUGGGACGGCGAGGACUUUGAAAUGCUCGACCAGUCCGAACUGAACCAGAUGGACCCCCUGGCAGGAGGAGGAGGAGGGGGCGCCGCUCGAGGAGACAGCCACGGAUCAAACUUCUUAUCAAGUCUGCUCGGUAAACCACAGUGAGGCGUGGACGCUGUGGACGCCAUCAGUUUAUCACUGUGAAGUAUUUUUCUCCUCAAAAUUUUCUCCUUACGCUCUUCAUCUCUAGUCUAAAGCAUACAAUGUAGGUCGAGCAAUAGAAAAUAAACAGAUAAACCAGCAUUUUUAAACAUGAAUAAUUGACAGCUUUCAAUUUAGAUUCAAAUUAGACAUAUAUUUUUUUUAAUUCAACAAGGAGUUCUAGGCAUACAGGGCUAUAAAACACACUAGGACCAAAUCCAACAUUCCCUUAGCUUGAACUGAGCCAGUUUGAUACAGACAUCAUAAAGCAGCGUUAGUGUCACAUUUAGGAUCAAGUUCUUCACCUUUUCAGAAACUAUUCAUGGUGUGCCUCUGGCAGAUUUCUUUUAUUAACCUCAUUUCAGUUAUUUUAAGUACUGAUAAGAGAAGUUAGUUUCACUACCGAACAAUAAAGAAACGUAUGAUGUUAGAAGCUCACAGUUGGAGCCAUUUUAUGGUACAUAAGCGUGUUGCAAUUUUAACCUUAAUCCCCCAAGGAAAAAGGUGCUUUUUUUAUUUUAGCAUUUUUCCCUACAUUAUUUUUGCACUAAUUCUCAGCUUUGUGUGCAUUCAUUUUUUUCCGAGAAGUAACAUCUAAAAAAAAAAAAAUAAACGUAAUAUUUCAUGUUAUUAAGGUGGUUCAAGCUUUUAUCUUUUUAGAUGGAAUAGAAAUGUUCAUGCCUCCGAUAUAAAAACUGUUUACAACUAGAACAAACAAAAGAUAGUUCUCCUUUUUUAUUUUGAAAUUUAAACUUUUGUGCUGGUCAGGCUGGUGGUUUAAACAUGGUUGAACCAUGUCAGAGUAGAAAUGAUUUAAUCAAAUACAAGUAUUAUCUAGUCAAUCAAGAUUUUUCAAAUGGAAGACAUGAUGUUCUCUGUUAUUUUUAAAAGAUUCGCUUAAAAUACGGUGUAAUGUCUGCGGAAUCCAUGUUUAGUUGAAGGACAUGAAUUGUGCACUUGCUGAAAUUUUAAGAAUAAUUUGUUUUAUUUGUUGAUUUUGGUCUAAAUGCUUUUUCUUUUGAUGUUUUUUUUUUUAAGCUGAUCCAUAAAGUCAUUUCUUCGGUGGUCAGUCAUAAAUUUAAUGUGCACAGUGUUUGAUUUUCUUCUCAAAUGUAUCUGGUUUUGAUAUGUUUUGGAGUGAAAAAUGUACUGAAUAAAAUGUUUGCAGUUAA